AUGGUUAUUGUGAAGCGGAGCCUGUUGCAGAAGCAGGACCUGCUGAGGAGCCUUCCUGCUGGCAGCCCUGGCAACCAACAGACUGAUCUGGGCUGCCAGGCUGGGGCAGAACUAUCUAUUACUCACUCUGGAAAGAAACCAUAUAAGUAUAAUGAAUGUACAAAAGCUCUCAGUGAUGUGUCCAGCUUGAAUCUGCACCAACAGUCAGGAGAGAAGUCUCACUCCCUGAGUGAGUGUGGGAAAAGCUUCCAUUACAGCUCUUUUCUUCAUGUCCAUUAUGAAAUGCACACAGGACAAAAACCAUAUACCUGUGAAGAAUGUGGGAGGACCUUCAUUUAUGCCUCGCAUCUUCGAGAACAUCAGAGAAUCCACACUGGGGAGAAACCUUUCAAAUGUGAUAAAUGUGGUGAGAACUUCCGUCGAAGGUCAACACUUAACAUCCAUUACUUGCUCCACACGGGGGAGAAGCCUUACAAGUGUGCCGAGUGUGGGAAGGACUUCCGGCAGUCCGCGGGUCUUCGGACCCAUCAGAAAAUCCACAGUGGUGAAAAGCCCUAUGUUUGUGAAGUGUGUGGGAAAAACUUUAUUCAGCGAUCACACCUUCGAUCCCAUCUGGGAGUCCACAUGACAGAGAAGCCAUACAAGUGCAUUCUGUGUGGAAAGAGCUUUAUGAUGAAAUAUAACUAUGAAUUUCACCUAGUAGUCCAUACUGGAGAUAGGCCCUAUAAAUGCGAAGUGUGUGGGAAGCGCUUUAGUCGUAGAGGAGACUAUAAUAUUCAUUGCAGAAUCCACACAGGUGAGAAACCCUAUAACUGCGAGGAGUGUGGGAAGGACUUCAGUCGGAGAUCAGCACUGAAGGUUCACUAUAGGGUGCACACGGGAGAGAAGCCUUACAAUUGUGAAGAGUGUGGGAAGAGCUUCAUUCGUCGAUCAGAACUUAAUGUUCAUUACAAAGUCCAUAAGGGCGAGAAACCUUAUAAUUGUGAGGUGUGUGGGAGGGCCUUCAUUCAGGCUUCACGAUUUCGGGAGCAUCAGAGAAUCCACACCGGGGAGAAACCAUUCAAAUGUGACACCUGCGGAAAGAACUUCCAUUUAAAAUCAACACUUUACAAUCACUGCAAAACCCACACAGUAGAGCAGCCCUACAAAUGUGAGGAGUGUGGGAGGGGUUUCAACUUCCCCUCAAAACUUUAUGUUCACAAGAGCGUCCAUACAGGAGAGAAACCAUAUAAUUGUGCACAGUGUGGGAAGCACUUCAGUCGGGGUUCAUACCUUCGGAAACAUCAGCGAGUCCACAGCGGAGAAAAGACACUCCAGUAUGAAGAGUGGAAAGAGCUUUGGCCAGAAUUCACACCUCCAUUCCCUUCAGAGGGUUCACCAUGGAGGAAGGCUGUACAGGAGUGGGAGGUUCCUGCCAUUUUUUUCCCCCUCGAAGGAUGGUCGUACCUCCUGUAUCUCGACCCCUUUGCAAACUUUUUGGAUUUGCGCGUGGGACGUGUGACGACCGGGCCACCUGGUGAGUGGAAAGAAGUCGCGGUGCACAUGGAGGUCUGA